AUGGGUUCCUGCUCCGUACUCCUGAUUACAUCAUAUUUGGUGACGAUGGGACUAGUCGGAAUAUAUCCGUAUGUCCUGAGCAGCGCCAAUGAUACAAAUGCAGAUCUUGAUGAACACAAUAAUACACACUACAUUGGGACUAUCGGAUUUUGGGUUCAAACUCCAAACGGAUUGCAAUAUUUCGAAAUCGAAGGACCAACACACUCCGGAGAUACAAUUGAUCUAUCACAUUUAGAUGUAUCGCCUCCUCCUCCUCCACCAGUGACAACUACCCCACGUUCACAUUUAGGAAGAAGAAAUCGAACUAGAGGAUUACCCAUUGAAUUUCCCAAAUUUACUAAUCAAUCUAGUCGAAGAGAAUCGGUCCGUGUUGAUGUGUUGUCUCCUAUGAUGGAUGAUAAAACAAUGACAGCAUACGAUUAA